AGGAGGGGAUUAACCCCCACAGGUAGCAUCCCCCCCCUCCCCAUCCUUCUCAUGGGAGAGAAGAGUGGUCCUCCAGGUGUGGGAAAACUACAAUUCCCAGCAUCCUCUUCUCUCUCCCUCCUCUUUCUCUCCCUCCCUCCUUCUCUUUCUCUCUCUCCCCCUCUUACUGUUUCUCUCCCUCCCUCCAUUCUCCCUCUCCCUUUCUCUCUCCUCUCUUUCUCUCUCUCUCCCUCCCUCUCUCUCUCCCCCUCUCUAUCUCUCCCUCUCUUUCUCUCUCUCCCUCUCUCCCCUCUCUCUUUCCCUCCCUCCUCCCUUUAUUUCUCCCUCUCCUUUUCUCCUCCUCUCUUUCUCUCCCUCUCUUUCGCUCUCCCUCUCUCCCCCUCUCUCUCUGCCCCUCUCUUACUGACUCUCUCCCUCCCUCUCUCUCUCUCCUCUCUUUCUCUCUCUCUCCCUCUCUUUGUCUCUCUCCCUCCCUCCUCCCUCUAUUUCUCCCUCUCCUCCUCUCUUUCUCUCCCUCUCUUUCGCUCUCCCUCUCUGCCCCUCUCUCUCUGCCCCUCUUACUGUCUCCCUCCCUCUCUCUCUCCCCUCUCUUUCUCUCUCUCUCCCUCUCUUUCUCUCUCCCUCCCUCCUCCCCCUCUCUCUAUCCCUUUCUCUCCCCCUCUCUUUCUCUCUCCCUUUCUCUCUCCCCCUCUCUUUCUGUCUUUCUCUCCCUCCCUUCCUCUCUCUCUCCCUCUCUCUCCACCUCUCUCUUUCUCCCUCUCCCCCUCCCUCUUCCCCUCCUCUCUCAGGCAGGCUGCUGGGACCUGUAUUCCAACACUAUCUUUUUUGGGGGUGGGGGUUGCCUGACUUUCUGAAGACGGUCAGGCUCCUCGCACCCCUUCAACUCUGAACAUUGCCAGGUGGUGUGGAAUCCGCCCCUUUCCCUGGAUUUUGCACAAGACGUGGACUUGUGCAUUCACACGACCAGCGAGUCGUCCGGAAGGACGAUCUACGGUUCACAUUGGGAACCAGCGAAGGGCAGCCGGGUCUGUUUAAACCAAUGCUAGAUUUAGAAGUGCUUCCCGAAAGAUCUCUUGGGAAUGAACAAUGGGAAUUCAACCUGGGAAUGCCGUUGGCUCAGGCUGUAGCAAUUGUUCAGAAAUACUGCCGUAUCAUAAAAAAUAUCCAGGUUCUCUACAGUGAACAAUCUCCUCUCAGCCAUGACCUCAUCCUUAACCUGACUCAGGACGGAAUCAAACUGCUAUUUGAUGCUUUCAAUCAAAGACUGAAGGUGAUUGAAGUUUAUGACUUGACUAAAGUGAAGUUAAAGUACUGUGGUGUUCAUUUUAACUCUCACGCUAUUCCUCCUACCAUUGAACAAAUUGAUCAGUCUUUUGGAGCCACCCAUCCAGGAGUUUACAACUCUGCCGAGCAACUUUUCCAUCUCAACUUCAGGGGCCUGUCCUUCUCCUUUCAGUUGGACUCAUGGACUGAAACUCCAAAGUAUGAGCCAAACUUUGCCCACGGCUUAGCCUCUCUGCAAAUCCCACACGGUGCAACUGUGAAACGCAUGUACAUCUACAGCGGGAACAGUCUACAGGAUACAAAGGCACCUACGAUGCCACUCAGCUGUUUCCUCGGAAAUGUGUAUGCAGAAUACGUUGAUGUUCUCCGAGAUGCAGCUGGACCCUCAGGUUUACGACUGCGAUUACUCACUGCAGGUUGCGGUCCUGGUGUGUUAGCCGAUGCCAAAAUACGGGUAUCUGAGCGUUGUGUGUAUUUCGGUGAUUCGUGCCAAGAUGUUCUGAGCACUUUGGGGUCCCCUCACAAGGUUUUCUACAAAUCUGAAGAUAAGAUGAAAAUCCAUUCACCUUCGCCUCACAAGCAAGUCCCUUCGAAGUGCAACGAUUUUUUCUUCAACUACUUCACGCUUGGAGUGGAUAUCCUUUUUGAUGCAAAUACUCAGAGAGUAAAGAAAUUUGUUUUGCAUACCAAUUAUCCUGGUCAUUAUAACUUUAACAUUUAUCACCGUUGUGAAUUUAAGAUCCCGCUCGUUAUUAAACGAGAAAGCACCGAGUCACAGACGGAAACCUGCACAACGUAUAGCAAGUGGGAUAAUAUUCAAGAGCUUCUUGGGCAUCCUGUGGAAAAACCUGUAGUUCUUCACAGGUCGUCCUCUCCAAACAACACAAAUCCAUUUGGGUCAACCUUUUGUUUCGGAUUACAACGGAUGAUCUUUGAGGUGAUGCAGAAUAAUCACAUUGCGUCCGUCACGCUCUACGGCCCGGCCCGGCCCACCAUCCAGACCAAGAUUUUGGACCUUCCCCAGUGAGCAAUACCCCGAUUGAACAUAACGCUACACGGUUUAGUUCAGCGUGCCUUGAGUUGCUGCCGCUUAUCAUACGGAAAAGCACGGAACGGUGGAGAGAGCAUGUGUGGGUGUGGGUGUUUAUGGUUGUGACACACACAGAGAGAGAGAGAGAGUGUGUGUGUGUGUACAAGAAAGCUUGGCCCUCGUCAUGUGUGGAUGGCACAGGCUGGAAAUCCUCUGGAGCUGAACCUUGCAGGACUUGGAGCCAGUGGCAGAGGCACACCACACACACACAGACACACACACACACAACUAGCUGGCACUACCAUUAAUCCUCUCUUCUCGCUUGGCCCUUGGAAGAUACGGUCUAAAUGCAAAAGAGUUUGUCUUUGUAGAGCUUGGACAGAGGAGGAGCUUUCAGAAAGAGCUCAGCAAGGAACUGCACAUCUUAGAAGCACAAGUUUCUCAUUCUUGAGAAAGCAGGUCUCUUUCUAUAUAUAUAUACAUAUAUACAUAUAUAUAUAUAUAUAUAUAUAUAUAUAUAUGUUUUCUUUCCUUUUCGUAGGCUUUAUGUGUAUUUCUCUUUAGCCAGGUUCUUCCUACGUAACCCAAGAUUUUUAUGCAGCCCU